AUGAAAGCAGCCCAAGAUCGACAUAAAUCUUAUGCCGACAAACGACGACGACCGAUUCAGUUUGAAGUGGGAGAUAUGGUGAUGCUGAAAGUAUCACCUUGGAAGGGAAUUCUACAGUUUGGUAAGAAAGGGAAGUUGAGUCCAUGUUUCGUUGGACCCUUUAAAAUCCUUGAAUGUAUUGGAAAACAAGCCUAUCGUUUGGAGUUGCCAGAAGAACUCUCUGGUAUUCAUGACGUUUUCCACGUUAGCUAUCUAAGGAAAGGCUUGGGUAAGCAUGAGAAGACCGUUCCUUUGGCCGAGGUCAAGUUGGAUAAAAUAUUGAGGUACAUAGAAGAACCCGAGGCCAUUCUUAAUGAAAGAAUCGUUAAUCUACGAAACAAGAUCGUAGAUUUGGUCCUCGUUAAAUGGAAGCAUCACCGUGGUCCGAAUUGGACGUGGGAGAACAAAGAUGAAAUGAAGGCUAAGUAUCCGGAGUUAUUUGAGAGACCUUGA